AUGGCGCAGUUUUAUUGGAAAGGACUCUUGGUGACGUCCCAGGACGAGGCCAGCACUUCAUCCUCCGGGACCUCUAGACCAGUGAAUAUUUUUAUCGUGAACGACGAGACGAACGAGAUAGCCAACAAGAGCGUGAGCAGCGCCCUGAAGAUCACCCAAGAGCAGCAUCCGGACUGGAUAGGAGAGGUGUAUUCGGUUCAGAUUAACAAAUCAGACCCAAAACAGACCCUGGACAGGAUCUGCGCGACCUGGGACUCGGCUCUAAAAAAUGGACCCCAGAAAGUCCCCGAUUUCGUCCUGGAUACCUCCACCGUAGGCUUAGGUGCAGACACGGUGAACUCCUUCACCUCUGCAGUCGAAGUGCCCACUUUGUCCGGUCAAUUCGGACAAGAAGACGACCUGCGACACUGGAGACACCUGGGGGAAGACAAGAGACCUUACCUGAUCCAGGUGAUGCCCCCUGCAGACCUGAUCCCCGAGGCCAUCAGACAACUGGCCCUCUCGAUGAACAUCAGCAACGCUGCGAUCAUCUUCGACGAGACCUUCAUCAUGGACCAUAAGUACAAGAGCCUCCUGCAAAAUGUUCCCACCAGACACACCAUCGCCAGGGCGAAGGACGACCCGAAGAGCCGACAGGAGCAGCUCUCCAGGGUGCGGAAUCUGGACAUCGUCAACUUCUUCAUCCUCGGCACCGAGCAAACCAUCUGCUCGUAUUUGGAAGCUGCAGACAGUCUGCAAUUUGUCGGCAGGAAGUACGCCUGGUACGCCUUAACUGCUGAAAACUUCCAGCUGAGGUGCGAGUGCAAGGACCUCACCGUGGUACUUUUUUCACCUGUGAAGGCCCAAGCUGACCAGCAGAGUCUUUCUCACCUUACAGCCAAUGGCUUGUUACCAAAGCCCUUGCUGACCUCUUCGUUCUACUACGACCUGGCUCACCUGGGCAUACAGACCAUGAAGAAGGCUCUGACCGAUCGCACCUGGCCCCAGGAGCCGAUGCACCUCACCUGCGAACGAUACGACGGGAACAGCACCCCGGGGAGGAACUUCGACUUCCUGGCCGCCUUAAACGCCACCACGAAGAGUGCCGACUUCACCCCCGUCUACGUCGGCUUCACCUGGGGGAGAAGGAACGGCCAACAUCAUGCUACCUUCAACAUGGAUGCUACCAGGAUCGGCAUCAGCAACGGCGCCUCCAUCUUCAGCAACGACGUCGCUACCUGGGCCGCUGGGAUUGAUUCUCCUCUUCAGAUCCUGGACUCCAGUUUGCUGAUGAACCACACAGCAGUGACGAGCUACAGAGUAGUUACGGUGAUCCAGCCUCCCUUCAUCUCCUACGACCCCGAAAAGGAGGAAUGGUCGGGAUACUGCAUAGACCUCCUGGAGGAGAUCAGGGCGAUCCUGAAGUUCGAGUACGAGAUCCGCGAGGUGGAGGACAAGAGUUUCGGGAUAAUGGACGAAGAAGGCAACUGGGACGGGAUGAUAAGGGAGCUGAAAGAGAAGAGGGCAGACAUAGCUCUCUCCUCCCUGGGCGUGAUGGCAGAAAGAGAGAACGUCGUCGAUUUCACGGUUCCAUACUACGACCUGGUAGGCAUCAGCAUCCUGAUGCUGAGGCCGAAAGCUCCGACGUCCCUCUUCAAGUUCCUGACGGUCCUGGAGAACAGCGUUUGGCUCUGCAUCUUGGCUGCGUACUUCUUCACCAGCUUCCUGAUGUGGGUCUUCGACCGAUGGUCGCCAUACAGCUACCAGAAUAACCGGGAGAAGUAUAAAGAUGACGAAGAGAAGAGGGAAUUCAAUCUUAAGGAGUGCCUUUGGUUUUGCAUGACCUCCCUGACUCCUCAGGGUGGAGGCGAGGCUCCGAAAAAUCUUUCCGGGAGACUCGUCGCCGCCACCUGGUGGCUCUUCGGGUUCAUCAUCAUCGCCUCCUACACGGCAAAUCUUGCGGCUUUUCUCACCGUUUCCAGGCUCGAUACUCCAGUUGAAUCUCUCGAUGACCUCAGCAAACAGUACAAGAUACAGUACGCGCCUAUUUUCAACUCUGCCGCUUAUGUCUACUUCAAGAGGAUGGCCGACAUCGAGGCUAGGUUCUAUGAGAUCUGGAAGGACAUGAGCUUGAACGACAGCUUGUCGGACGUGGAAAGAGCCAAGCUGGCCGUUUGGGAUUAUCCUGUGAGCGACAAGUACACCAAGAUGUUCCAGUCGAUGAAGGACUCCGGGUUCCCGAAGGACCUCGACAGCGCCCUGGAGCGGGUGAGGAGGAUCGGGAAUAAUUCCGACGAAUUCGCCUUCGUCGGGGACUCGACGGACAUCAAGUACCUCGUCAUGGUAAACUGCGACCUCAUCGAGGUCGGAGAAGAGUUCUCCAGGAAGCCCUACGCCAUCGCCGUGCAGCAAGGCUCGCCCCUUAAGGAUCAAUUUAAUAAUGCGAUUCUGAUGUUACUUAACAAGCGCAGUUUGGAGCAGUUAAAAGACAAAUGGUGGAACAAACACCCUCUGAAGAAGGAAUGCGAGAAACAGGACGAGCAGAGCGACGGAAUCAGCAUCCAAAACAUCGGAGGAGUCUUCAUCGUAAUCUUCGUGGGAAUCGGCCUAGCAUGUUUAACCUUGGCUUUCGAGUAUUGGUGGUACCGAUAUCGACCCAGGGUGUCGAGUCAAAACAUCGUCCCCGUGCAAAAUGUUAAACCGAUUAGGCUUAAUUUACAACCAGCAAUACCUAGUAAUCAUCCACCCCCAACGUUCAGAUCAAGAUUCUAA